AUGAAGGAGACUGAUCGGGAGGCUGUCGCGACAGCAGUCCAGAGGGUUGCUGGAAUGUUGCAGCGCCCGGACCAGCUGGACAAAGUGGAGCAGUAUCGCAGAAGAGAGGCCCGGAAGAAGGCCUCUGUGGAGGCCAGAUUAAAGGCUGCAAUCCAGUCACAGUUGGACGGCGUGCGCACGGGCCUGAGCCAGCUCCAUAGCGCGCUGAAUGACGUCAGGGCCAUCCAGCAGUCCCUGGCGGACGUCAGCAAGGACUGGAGGCAGAGCAUCAACACCAUCGAGAGCCUCAAGGACGUGAAGGACGCAGUCGUGCGGCACAGCCAGCUUGCCGCCGCCGUGGAGAACCUGAAGAACAUCUUCUCAGUGCCUGAGAUCGUGAGGGAGACGCAGGACCUUAUAGAGCGUGGGGAGCUGCUGCAAGCCCACCGGAAGCUGAUGGACCUGGAGUGCUCCCGGGACGGGCUGAUGUAUGAGCAGUACCGCAUGGACAGCGGGAACGCGCGCGACAUGACGCUCAUCCGCAGCUACUUCGGGAGCACGCAGGGCCUGUCCGACGAGCUGGCCAAGCAGCUGUGGGUGGUGCUGCAGAGGUCGCUGGUCACUGUGCGCCGGGACCCCACCCUGCUCGUCUCCGUCGUCAGGAUCAUUGAGAGGGAGGAGAGAAUUGACCGGCGCAUCCUUGACCGGAAGAAGCAGACUGGCUUUGUGCCCCCUGGAAGACCCAAGAACUGGAAGGAGAAGAUGUUCACCAUCCUGGACAGAACGGUGACCACCAGGAUCGAGGGUACGCAGGCGGACACCAGGGAGUCAGACAGGAUGUGGCUUGUGCGCCACCUGGAGAUCAUACGGAAGUACGUGCUGGACGACCUCAUCGUCGCCAAGAACCUGCUGGCGCAGUGCUUCCCACCACACUACGAGAUCUUCCGGAGCCUGCUUCGCACCUACCACCAGGCUCUGAGCACGCGCAUGCAGGACCUUGCAGCGGAGGACCUGGAAGCGAACGAGAUCGUCAGCCUGCUGACCUGGGUUUUGAACACUUACACCAGCGUGGAGAUGAUGGGGAAUGCGGAGCUGGCCCCCGAGGUGGACGUGGCCCUUCUGGAACCUUUGCUCUCCGCAGACGUGGUCUCUGUACUGCUCGACACCUACAUGUCCACUCUGACUUCCAACAUCAUUGCCUGGCUGCGGAAAGCCCUGGAAACGGACAAGAAGGACUGGGUGAAGGAGACGGAGCCCGAGGCCGACCAGGACGGCUACUAUCAGACGACACUGCCUGCCAUCGUGUUCCAGAUGUUCGAGCAGAACCUUCAAGUUGCUGCUCAGAUAAGUGAAGAUUUGAAAACAAAGGUACUAGUUUUGUAUCUUCAGCAAAUGAAUUCUUUCUUAAGUAGGUACAAGGAGGAGGCGCAGCUGUACAGAGACGAGCACCUGCGGAACCGGCAGCACCCGCACUGCUAUGUGCAGUACAUGGUCGCCCUUGUCAACAACUGCCAGACCUUCAAAGAAUCUGUAGUCAGUUUAAAAAGGAAGUAUCUGAAGCACGAGGCGGAAGAAGGCAUUUCUCUGAGCCAGCCAAGCAUGGAUGGGGUUUUGGACGCGAUUGCCAAAGAGGGCUGCUGCAGCCUGCUGGAGGAAGUCUUCCUGGACCUGGAGCAACAUCUCAAUGAGUUGAUGACAAAGAAGUGGCUGUUAGGGUCAAAUGCUGUAGACAUCAUCUGUGUCACUGUGGAAGACUAUUUCAAUGAUUUUGCCAAAAUUAAGAAGCCGUAUAGAAAGCGGAUGAUCGCCGAGGCGCACCGGCGCGCGGUUCAGGAGUACCUGCGGGCCGUCAUGCAGAAGCGCAUCUCCUUCCGCAGCGCCGAGGAGCGCAAGGACGGCGCGGAGCGCAUGGUGCGCGAGGCCGAGCAGCUGCGCUUCCUCUUCCGCAAGCUGGCUUCCGGCUUUGGAGAGGAGAUGGACAGCUACUGUGACACCAUCGUCGCCGUCGCAGAGGUCAUUAAGCUCACGGACCCUUCUCUGCUCUACCUGGAGGUCUCGACUCUGGUCAGCAAGUACCCGGACAUCAGGGAUGACCACAUUGGGGCACUGUUGGCCAUGCGGGGGGACGCUAGCCGGGACAUGAAGCAGACCAUCAUCGAGACACUGGAGCAGGGCCCGGCCCAGGCCAGUCCCGACUACGUGCCCAUCUUCAAGGAUAUCAUGGUUCCCAGCCUCAACGUGGCCAAACUCCUCAAGUAG